AUGUACAAUCCUUACCAACCUCCGGGCAUGUAUGGGCAGCCCGACUAUGCCGCGUACGGUGCGCCUCCGGGUAUGGCUCCUCCUCCAGGCAUGGCUGCCCCCGGUACCGCUCCUCCUCCUGGUAUGCAACAGGCCAAUGCCCAGCAGCCUGGUCGCCCCGGCGGCUUCCCGGCAAACUUCCAACCGCCCCCGAAUAUGCCCAACAUCAACUUUUCCGCGCCCGUGAUUCGACUGGGCACCUCGGGCCCGGCAAAGCCUGCAGGACCGGAUGCCGGCCGCGAGCGCGGAUCAGAUGGCCCUGGCCGACGGGCAGGACUGGGGUCGACGGGUAUGGACAGCCAGCGCCACAACGCUCGGGAUGCCAUGAUGCAGCUCCAGCCGCCCACUCGGGAUGAGAUUGUGCGCACACUCUUUGUCGGAGGCAUCACGGAAGGCGUUGGAGGUGACGAUGGUAUCGAGAGAAUCCUGCGGUCUGCAGGCAACUUGCGACGCUGGAUUCGUGCCACGGAUGCUGACGAGAAGCCUUGCCGAUUUGGCUUCGCCGAGUUUGAAGAUCCCGAGAGCUUGGAGAUUGCGGUCGAAAUCUUCAAGGAGGUUGAGGUGCCUGUGAAGCGACAGGUCCCACGGAAGGAGGGCGAUGAGGAGCAGGAAGUGGAGAAGAGUACCCUUUUGAUUGUGGUGGAUGAGAGCACCUUGAAUUAUCUUGAGCAGUUUGAGGCCAAUCGGGGUGAACGAGACCCGGAGGAGCUGCAGGCUCGCUUUACGGCUGCCAACAACACCCUGAUGCGCGUCCUGUCGGAUCUUUGCAACCCGGCUAGCCCUAUCCAGAAGGAGGAUACCUCUGCCGUUGAUCGGGAAGGCGACAGUGAGAUGAGAGAUGGCGAUACUCCCAAUAAGGAUGGAGAGGUGGUCACGAUCCCUAUCACAAUUGAAGACGAGCUGGCGGAUAUCCCUCAAGAGAUGCGGGAAAAUGUCGCAAAGGAAAUUGCCGCAUUCCGUGAGCGAAGCAACCGUCGAGAUAUCGAGCGGAUGAGGCGCGAGGAGGAGAUUGAGUCAAUGGAGCGCGCCCGCAAUGCUGGUGGGCGGACGAAUCGUCUUGCUUCUCCCCCGACCUCGGCUCCCAGUGGCCCAGCUGGCGGCACCAAUAAUAUCCCACUGGGUCCGCGUGGUGCCCCGUCUGGCCCCAAGGGAUUUGGCGUACAGAUCCCUAAGGAUUAUCAAAAGGGUGUGUCGUUUGUGAACGGUGGCUCGAUCAAUGGAGCACCGGCCUACUACGACCGUGAAGAAGAAGAAUCCGACGCAAGUGACGAGGAGCUUGAACGCCGUCGCCAGGCCAAGCGUGACGCAGAGCAGGAAAAGCAAUUCCUCGACCAGGAGCGCCGAUGGCUCAAUCGCGAGCGAAGCCGAACGGCUGCCCUGGAGCGAGAGAAGAAGCGAGACAAGGAGGAGGACGGCAAGUUGCAGGCUGCUCACGAUGAGAUGGAAGAACGACUCAAGGAAUGGAAUGAUGAUAUUGAAGCAAGCCGAAAGGCUGUUGAGUAUUACGCAGAUCGUGGUGCUUGGCUGCGUAGUCGUGCGGCUUUCCGUGCUCGUGAGGCCAACCUGGAUGAGGCCGAUCGCGCCGCUGAGGAGAGGGAGCGUGUGCAGUCCGCCAAGCAACAGGAGCAGGCACGCGGUAUGGCCGACGACUUCCUCGCUCGCCAGGCACAGGAGCUGGAGACCCGCGUCCCAGAACCUCGCGAAGAACCUAAGCGCUUCAAGCUGUCCCUGGGUGCCGCUGCCCAGAAGGCUCAGGCUGCGACUACCCGCCGCACCGUGGCCGAAGUCGAAGGUCUGCUGGAGGACGAGGAAGAGCCCGCCAGUACAACACGCCGCCCUCUCAUCCCAAUCAAAUUCGACACCGCUGCUGAAGCGGCCGGACUAUCCGACGAAGAACGAGCCCAGGCGGCUCGCCAGCUGGCAGCCGAGAUCCCUACCGACAAGGAAGGCCUGUGGAAGUGGGAUAUCAAGUGGGAGUUUGUGGACGGGGCCGUCAUCAGCGACCAGAUCAAGCCCUUUGUGGAAAAGAAGAUUGUCGAGUAUCUGGGUAUACAGGAGCAGAUGCUGGUCGACUUGGUGGAGGAGCACGUUCGGCAGCGCGGCGGCCCUCAGGAACUGGUCGAGCAGCUGGCAGAAGCGCUGGACGAAGAGGCCGAGGUGCUGGUUCGGAAGCUGUGGCGGAUGAUCAUCUUCUUCUCGGAGAGUGAGAAGCGCGGGCUGUCGACAUAG